AUGUAUCGCGCAUCCAUUCAAAAGCACGCGCGUACUCGCCAUCUCGCGAGACGGGACGCUUCCCCCGGUUCUCAAUCAAUGUACCCCUCGCUCCUAGUACGAGGUUCUGUCAAAAAAUCCACUUUGGCCAGUCAAUCACUACCAAUUCCUGACGACAUGGCUACCGAUGAAGAUGCCAUCAUCAACACCAAUGUCUCCGCAAACAGUGUUAUCGACGCUCUUCACGAUGGUCAAAUAGGCAAUCUCUCUGAUGCCUCUACAUCCACUGAGAUUGAUUCCGACGCCGCAACAAAUCAUUCCGACGCCAUGCACAAGCUACCCUCCAACACGACCCUCUCCGACUACCCCGAGAUGCUCUCCGAUACCUCUACAUCCGCUGUAUACGAUGCCGAUGCAGAAUCAGAAUCAGACGUCUCUUGCGUCGCCUUCAAAGUAGUCGAUGGCCUCUGGGACGAAGGCCGAGGAUUCUGGGUCCACGAUUUCGCGCUGGUCCGCAAAUUCGAGGAGGAAAAACGAAUGGCGGAUAUCACUGGGGGAGGAGAGGAAUGUUUUACUGCGGAGAUGGAGAAGGAUGAUGAGGAUGUAAGUGAGGCUAUGAGAGCUUGGAUCAAUUCCAGAUUUCCAGAUGAACAGGAGGAGAAUCUCGAGGAAGAUGAGGAAGAUUGA